GUCAUCGCGCGAGACUUGGUGAGAAUGUCGUGUCGCGAUCCCGACAACUUGAUAAGCCCGAGCGACGACGAGAACUUCGACUAUCUAUUCAAGAUCGUCCUCAUCGGCGACUGCGGCACGGGCAAGACCUGCGUCCUGCAGCGAUUCAAGUCCGGCACGUUCGUCGAGCGACACGGGAAUACCAUCGGCGUCGACUUCUGCAUAAAGACCGUGCUCAUAGACGGCAAGAGAAUCAAGUUACAAAUAUGGGACACUGCAGGGCAGGAAAGAUUUCGAACAAUAACUCAAAGUUAUUAUAGAUCUGCAAAUGGAAUAAUUAUAGUUUACGAUAUCACAAAGCGACCGACAUUCUUAAGUUUACAACGUUGGGUGGAAGAAGUCCGGAAAUAUACAUCAUCGCAUGUGUUAUUAGUAUUAGUUGGUAAUAAAUGUGAUUUGGAACAUCAGCGGGAAGUAAAGAAAGCUGAGGCUGAAGCUUUGUGUCAAUAUCUGCCCGAAGUUUUGCACGUAGUGGAGACCUCAGCCAAAGACAAUACGAAUGUAGAUUCCAUCUUUUUCUAUUUGGCAUCUGAACUUAAGAGACGACACGAUAAUCGCCAGAUUAGUACGAACGAGAACGAUGUAGUAAAGCUUAGCGUUGGACGAGAUCUGUCUUCUUGUUCAGGCUGCUCAUAUAAAAUAUUUUAAACUGUUUGAUAAUUUUUUAUUCAUAGCAGUUACGUAAAUUGAGAUACUAAUAAAAAACGGCACGCUGUAGUGAUAAGAUAAAUGGCAGCCAACGAACGAAUGGGUAUUCCAUGCUUGCUUGCUUGCUUUUAAACUAAAAACUAAAAUACUCAGCGAACGCUAGGAAAGAAAUAACAAUAUCUAUAUGACAAUAAUUCUAUUCUUUAAAUGAGAAUCUCUAUUAAAUAAUUGGUAUUAAGAAUUAUUUAUAUUUAAAGUAGUAUAGAAAUUUUUCACAAAACUUCACUGCCAUUUUUCUUAUAACGUUACAAAUUAAUAUUACGAAUUAAUGUAUGAAAUUACAAAUUAAUCUCAAAAUCAGAACAGUCCUUGUCAUUUUUAUCAAUAUAAAAAAUUUAUAUAUCAACUUCAAAAUAUCGCAGCACGUGGCAUUGACUGUUCUAAUUGAGAGAAAGAUGAAUCUCAUGACAAAAAUAUGAUCUUUAGAAUUGCGUGAUUCAUUUUUGCUUCAAAAGUUUGUUCCGAAAAAAACAUUUAUAUUUUUAUACAAGUGAUUUAGUGAAGAUGUACAAAUAUUUACAUACAUUACACACAUCACACUGACACUGCAGCGACCUGAAGAAAUCUUACAAUUAGAUACUUUAGUGCCUUAAAAAAGUAAUAACCGUUAUUUUUUUAAUACAAAAACGCACAAAUGCUUGUAAAGCGAUCUAGAAGAUUACAGAGAAUUUAAAUUCUGAAUGCUAACUUAAUUCCUUUUUUUAUUUAUUUUAUUUAUUUGCAUAUACGAAUGUUGUUAUGGCGAAUGUGAAAUUUACAUUCUCGACUGCCAAAUAUUUAUUCGAAUCACGAAGUUGUAAAUACUAAUUCUCAGUCGCACUCAUCCUCAACGCAUAUUUUGUGCUAAGAGUGAUUAUCUGAUUCUCAGUCUUUGUUUGAUUUCAACAAUGUGACCGCAUUUUAGCGCGAAAAGUGUGAUGAGAAUGCGGAUGUAGAAUGCGUUUCGUGUGAACGGACGCUAUUGUUAUUUGUGAAUUAAUGUAAUGAAUCUCUCCUCUUAUUGCUUAUAUACAAUUUGUUGUAACAUAUUUUUUUUUAUAUUUACAUUGCACAUUUACUAAUGUGAACGUCUCAGUCUCAAAAUACUCAUUGAAUUACUUAUUGGAAAUAAUUUAUAAAUUAUUUUUUAUAAGAGAUACAUAAACCAAAAUGUAAAUCAAUAUUAUCUUACGCACACAUCCCAAUUCUACCAAGAUAUAAAAAAUAUUUCGGCAAGUUAGGAUCUUUGCAAAUUUUACAAAUAAAUCUCGGGGAAUUUUUCGAAACAAAAAUAUUUUUCUAGACGUACUUUCUAGUUCGAAAGAGAAAAAUUUAUAUAUAUAUAUAUAUCGAUUUACUGCAUUUCACUAUAAUUGAAUUACGUGUGCAGAAAAAAAUAUAUUACGGGACAUCAGUUUAUAUUAAUUAAUACUACAAUUAUGCGCCGAAACAAUAUGUUAGAUACGUGGUGUAAAGAAAUUAUUGUACGAAAUAAUUAAAAAUAUUUAUUGUAUCCCACACAUAUAGGCAACUGGAAAAUAUAUUUUCUCUAAAAUACAUGGUGUGUAAUAUAAUAGCUUCGUUAAUUAAUGGCGGAUCUAAUAUAUAUUGCAUUUGAUACGUAUAAAACAUACUGUAUAAUAUUGUACAUGUUGAGAUUUUAAUUUAUUAUAAAUAAAGCGUCUUUUUUCACUC